AUGUGGCGCCCUCCUAUCAAUUUCAUUACCCUGCAUUAUGCUUGGAUCCUAUUCAUGGGACUACUGUCUUUCCCGGUCUUAUACACCUAUGGUAACCUUGCAGUCAUCGAUGCCUACUUCUUUGGAGCAAGCGCAUCUACCGAGUCCGGCCUUAACACCGUUGAUCUCAAAGAGCUAAAGCUGUAUCAGCAGCUAUAUCUAUACUUCAUUCCUAUGUUUACAAACAUGUGUUUUAUAAAUAUCAUGGUCGUUGUAGUUCGUCUCUAUUGGUUCAAUAAGCGUCUUGACAGGUUUGGUCUGGCCCUGCUUCGCGCGAAAAGGCGCAAAUCCCACAGCGGGGGACAAUUGGAUCCUGAGACUGCCGAAACAACGGCAACCUCUUCUUUCACCGUUACAGGUGCCAUCCCGAAUGGGCAUGAAGCUGAAGUUGGACAUGGGCACGUAGGCGAUCAAGGGGGAGAUCAAAGCAGCCAGCGGCCAACCAAGGGCGGAAAAGAGGCCAUCACAGAGGCUAUUCCUAACCGACUCAUCCCAGAUGAGGCGUCUGAUUCGGUAGAUCCCUUGGAAAGGCCAACACCACCGCGAAUCACUUUCGAUCCGUCGACCAACAAAACCGCACAUCCCAAAAAUGAUGUUACUCUUUAUAUUCCUGGGCCUCGGGAGCGUGACAGGGGGGACUCGAUUGUGGAACUGACGGGCACAAGAGUCAAUGACACGGAUGCGAUAUCAACACGUCGUCCCAGUGAGGCAGAACCUGAAGGUCUACGCCACCGUUUUUCAAGGGCUAAAUCGUUCGACAUUGCGGCCGGCGUUGCUACAUCCGCUUUCAUCAUUGGUACUGCACCGACCACUGCGCGUCUGGCCAGAGCCAAAACAUUGCAAAGAGUUGCUGCAGACGACAUGCCAUACCUCUCCAGGAGGGCAACCAUCGGGAGAAAUUCCCGGUUUUACAAUCUCACGAAUCGCGAUCGGGAGGAGCUUGGCGGCAUAGAGUAUAGAAGUCUGCAACUUCUUCUCAAAGUCGUACUUAUAUAUUUUUUCGGCGUCCACCUAUUCGGCGCGAUUGGACUUAUUGGAUGGAUUCAGUACGCCGAUCCAAAGUACGUGGCCUAUCUCCAACAAUGCGGUCAAAACAGGAUCUGGUGGGCUUUCUAUACUGCUCAAAGUAUGAUGGAUAAUCUCGGCUUCACCCUGACACCUGACUCCAUGAUAGCUUUUAGGGAAGCAGAGUGGCCGUUGUUCCUUUCAACUUUCCUGACAUUUGCUGGCAACACUUUGUACCCCGUCUUUCUGCGGCUUGUUCUCUGGACCAUGUCAAAGGUUGUGCCUCGCAAGGCUGCCAUGCAGGAAUGCCUACAGUUCUUACUCGAUCAUCCACGUCGAUGUUAUACAUUAUUGUUCCCUCGAGGUACCACAUGGGCGCUCUUCGGUAUCAUUUUCCUCCUCAACUUCAUAGAUGCGUUUUUCAUUCUCAUUUUGGACUUACACAACGCUGAAGUCACAUCGUUGCCUCCAGGGCCCAGGGUCAUGGCGGCCAUUUUCCAAGCAGGAUCGUCACGUCACACCGGUGCUGCAGUGUUCAACAUCGCCAAUGUCAGCCCUGCAGUUCAGUUUAGUUUGCUGGUCAUGAUGUACAUUUCCGCAUUCCCCAUCUCCAUCAGCAUCCGGGCGUCCAAUACCUAUGAGGAAAAGUCCCUUGGAAUUUACCAGACGGAACCAGAUGUGGAGCUUGACGAACAACAUGGACGGUCUUAUCUUGUCAGGCAUCUACAGUCGCAAUUGAGUUUCGACUUGUGGUAUGUCUUUUUGGGUAUUUUCGUUCUGAGCAUCUCCGAGGCAGAUAAAAUUGCGGACUUGACACGACCUGCCUUUGCAUUAUUCCCUCUUAUCUUUGAAGUCGUUUCAGCCUAUGGCAACGUCGGCCUCAGCUUAGGCUAUCCCGGCAUCAACUCGUCGCUAUCUACAGAGUUCUCAACAUUCGGCAAACUGGUCAUUUGUGCGAUGAUGAUCCGUGGGAGACAUCGUGGACUGCCGUAUACUUUGGACAGAGCGAUUAUGCUCCCGGACGAGCAUCUUCUGGGGACUGAUACGCAAGAACAGAUGGCAGAAGACAACAACACUGAUGAUGCAGACAGCAAAAAGAAUCUCCUCGCGUGA